GUAGCUUUUUAAAAAUAUUGUGGUUGUGUAAAUGGAACUUGAAAAUUAUGAUGAACUUAUGUUUUUGUAUUUUUCAGCUCCUGUUUUCUGUCUUUUCUGGCUAACAAAGCAUGCAGUGGACUCUGCCCAGCUGUCAGCUCCAGAUGUGGUAACAGGAGUAUACGGAGGAUCUGUGACAAUCCGUUGUCAGUACAACCAACAGUUCAGAGAAUAUGAAAAGUACUGGUGCAAAGGACAGAUAUAUGAGUGGUGUAAAGUAGUGGUGAGAACACCCAGGAUGAAAUAUAGUGACCGAAGUUCCAUUGAAGAUGAUAAAGAGGCAGGAGUCUUCACUGUGACUAUGACCUCGCUCACGGAAAGUGAUAAGGAUAUGUACUGGUGUGUCAUCUCAAGACAGGGAAGGAACGUCUACACUGGCGUCAGGCUCCGACUCUCACACGCAGUAAUGACAACUACUGCCACCACAACAGCCAAUAUACUGGAACAAGAUGGAAUAAGUUGGUGGGCGACUCUACGUUGGAUCCUCUUUAUUUUUAUGUUGUUUUGUUUGGUAUCAACACACGUCAUUGUUUGGAGGAUAAAUGCUACGAGGAAAAUACAGCUGCAACAAGAAUUUCAACAUCAGAACUCAAACAUCUACAACUGAAAGUCACAGAUGAAUUAUAAACUCAUUCAUGCGCUGCAGCGACAAAACUAUUCUUCCAGUUGAAGUUCUAUCAGUGUGUGAAUUAAACAAAGAACUAAACCAAGUGGAAAAAGUGGCUUUCAGACUCUUUUUUUUCUCCAGUAUCUAAAUGAUUAAAACCUAAUUAAUUUCAGUGCCAGGGCCUAAGAUAACUUUGGGCCCAACUUUUGAAUAUCCAAUCAUCUUAAAAUUAGCACCUCUGGAGAACUGAGGCUCUUGGCUUCCCUCUAAUUUAUUUGCAGAUUUUUUAAGGACCGUCAUAGACGUUGAUAUUCGUUUUACUUUUAACCACCAGUUUCAGAUUUAAAUGUAGGCCCAACUCUUGUGAAAUUGAAGUGCAUGAAAGACAGAACGUGGACAAAUAAUAAAGUGGUGCCGUCCUGCUCUGUUAUUGGAUAAUAAAAGAAAGGAUCACAGAAGUAGAUCAGAAGUCAGAGUGUUUCUCUCUUUAUACAAGCUGAUGAUUUUUGUUUCUUGAGCAUUUUAACAUGGUAUUCAUUUCAGGGCUUUUGUACCAUAUUGUGUUCUACAUGUUUUCAUCUGUUUUGUAAUUAACUCAGCUCAGUUACUGUAAAUAAUAAAUAUAGACGUGUGAA